CACGUAGCUCACGUCCAACUUUCCGCUUUUAAAGACAUCCCUCACGUAGUGAUUCCGAAUAUCUAUAUGUUUGGUACGUGAAUGGUACAUUGGAUUGAGCAUUAAUUUUUGAGCACCUUGAUUGUCACAAUAGAUUGUGAUUGGUUUGGAUUGACGUUCCAUGUAACACAUUUCUUCCAACAAAUUUCAAAACAUAUUUAGUUUUUUUGCUCAAAUAUGACCUUAAAGUUAUAUUAUGAUUUACUCUCGCAACCGUCAAGAGCAUUAUACAUGUUUCUUAAAAUAUGUGAUAUACCAUUUGAGCAGAAGAUUGUAAACUUAAAAAAUCUCGAGCAAUAUACUCCAGAAUUUGAACAGAUUAAUCCAUUCAAGAAAGUCCCUGUUAUAGAACAUAAUGGUUUCAAACUUACUGAAAGUGUCGGAAUUAUACGAUACAUAUGUAGAGAAUUUGAGGUAGAUGAUCACUGGUAUCCAUCUGAUUCAAAACAUCAAGCAAAAGUUGAUGAAUAUCUCGAAUGGCAACAUCUCAAUACAAGACUUCAUUGUGCAUCUUAUUUCUUAAUGAAAUUUCUUAAUCCACUUAUGCGAAACAAACCAGCAAAUCCAGAAAAAAUAGCUGAAUUUGAAAAUCGUAUGAGCAAUUGUCUUGAUAUUAUCGAGAAUGUAUGGCUAAAAGAUACGCAAUUUUUAAUUGGAAACACAAUUAGUGUGGCUGAUAUAUUCUGUGCUUGUGAACUAGAGCAACCACGUAUGGCCGGUUAUAAUCCGAAAAAGGGGAGACCACAUUUGACUGCUUGGAUGGAAAAAGUUGUUGAAGCAACAAGUCCAUAUUAUCAAGAAGCUCAUAAGUUUUUAAACACAAUUGCUGAAGCCAAACCAAAUCAAAGUUUCAAUUUUAAGUUUUAAUUUUAAAAACAGUAAUACUUAAAUAUCAUUUUUUUUAAACGACGAUAAUAAUAUCUUCAAUAUUUUGUUUGUUGGAUACUUUUAUAUGUAAAAAAAAAAAUUUAUAUGUGUUACACAUUAUAUAUAUACAAGGUGUCUCUUUUAUCUUUUAAACUAAAAGAGAUAAACUUACAUAAAUAUAUAUCAAAUUAAAUGAUUCAAAAUAAACUCUAUUGUAAGCAUAA